CAAUCUAUAUAUAUUUCAGGUACAUUAGAAAUGUUUUUGUUGAGUAGAUAUUGAUAUGGAGAUUACAGAACAAUUCUUUGCUUUCAAAAAAAUCAAGACGGCCAUCUUGUUUCCAUAGCAACGUUGCAUAGUUUGCACCGCAUUAAAAAAUCUGCGGCUACCUUUUUCAGUGAUGAGAAUAACCAAAAGCGAAAAGUUCAAAAAUAGCAUUAUAUAUAUUUUAUCGUUUUUGCUAAUAUGCAUAUACUACAUUCAUUAUAAUACUCGAAUUUCAUACAUUCCAAUAAAACAAAUAAAGGAACGUGACAAAUUUUCCACCUUCAUAUCUUCGAAAUACUCUGAAAAUAAUGGAACAUUACACCUAGAAGGCUACUUUGAGGGUGGCACAUUCGGAAAAAUAUCUGUUAUGGACAUUAAAAACUUAUCGUUUUUAUCUCUGUGGAAUAAGCAUUCUACAAUUUUGUACCAAGAAAGAAAUGAACCAAUGACAGUUUCAAAGAAAAUAACAGGCUGUCCAGGAUUUAUCCCGUACCCUAAAGUGAAAAUGAAUAAAAUGGAUGAAAUUAAUGAGAGUGAAAAGAAAAAUCUACCGGACUGGGUGUUAUUUCAACAGGACAGAACAGUCGAAAAUGUCAACUGCAGGCGUCUAUUUGAUAAUAACACAUUAGAACAAAACAAAACCUUAAACCAUAUGUUGAAACAACCAUUUGCAGAGAUAACGUCUUCGUCAUACAUAAAUAUAAGCAAAGACUGCGAAAAAUACAAACAAGACAGAGGAUAUAUAACAUCUUCCCUGACAGAAGAGGAAGAAAAUUUCCCAAUAGCUUAUAGCAUUCUUGUCUUUAAAGGCAUACAACAAGUCGAAAUGUUAUUAAGAUCAAUUUAUCGUCCUCAAAACGUAUAUUGUAUACAUUGUGAUACAAAAGCUGAUCCCAAUUUCAAACUGGCACUUCAGAGUAUAACUAGUUGUUUCGAAAAUGUGUUCAUAUCUUCAAGAUCUUUCAAUGUAGUAUGGGGGACAGUUGGAGUUUUAUUACCGGAAAUUGCAUGCAUGAAAGAUCUCUGGAAACACAAGAAGUGGAAAUAUUUUAUUAAUUUGACUGGCCAAGAAUUUCCAUUGAGAACAAAUUUAGAGUUAGUAAAAAUAUUAAAAAGUUAUAAUGGAGCCAACGACAUAGAAAGUACUGUAAAAAGAGCUAACAAAGCUAGAUGGAAAAAUGUACUUCCACCACCCCAUGACAUUCGUCCUGUAAAAGGGUCCGUGCAUGUUGCUGUUACCAGAGGAUUUGUAGAAUACCUCCUCUUUGAUAAUAUAGCUAAGGCUUUUUUCAAUUGGACUCGAAGUGUUAAAGUUCCUGACGAAGUGUUUUUCUCUACACUCAACCAUAAUCCGCAGUUGAAUAUUCCAGGCUCAUACAAGGGUGUUCCGGAAACAGACUGUGACACAAAGCCCUUUCUUACACGAUUUAAAAACUGGGGGAAUCACAUCUAUAACUGGCCGUGCCAUGGUUCACGUGUUAGACUGGUUUGCGUAUUUGGAAUAGGAGAUUUGCCAUUGCUAGCUUCAAGACCAGAAAUGUUUGCCAACAAGUUUUAUCUCCAUUACCAACCAUAUGCCUUACAAUGUAUGGACCAGUUAAUUUACAAUCGAACAAGGGACGAAUAUUUCAAUGCUUUGAAAUUUGACGUAACUAAAUAUCAGUCGUUAGAAUUUAUUAAACAUACUGUAUGAAAUUUCAAAUAUACUGACGGGCAUUAAAAACGCAACACUAGA